AUGAGUCAGCUUCCUUCCCAGGAUAUUUUAGCAUUACUGGAGUUUAAAAAAGGAAUCAAACAUGAUCCAACUGGGUUCGUUCUUAAUUCCUGGAAUGAAGAGUCAAUCGACUUCAAUGGCUGCCCAUCUUCCUGGAAUGGAAUCAUGUGCAAUGGUGGUAAUGUCGCCGGUGUGGUCCUCGAUCAUCUGUCACUAUCAGCUGACAUCGAUUUGAAUGUAUUCGCAAAUCUCACAAAAUUGGUAACCCUUUCGAUAUCCAACAACUCCAUGACUGGAAAAUUCCCAAACAAAUUAGGCGAAAUGCUUUCGUUUCUCGAUAUUUCCGAUAAUCUCUUCAAUUCGUCUCUCCCACCUGAUAUCGAGCUGAGUUCCCUAAAAUCUCUCGAUUUAAGCCGCAACUUGUUUUCUGGUCCAAUUCCAUCAUCCAUUACAACGCUAAACAACCUUGUUUACCUAAAUCUAUCAAUGAACGGGCUCACAAAGAAAAUCCCGAAAGGGUUUCAGGACAUGAUAGCGCUUGAAGUUCUUGACCUCCAUGGGAAUAUGCUUGAAGGUGAUUUCGACGUUGAAUUCCUGCUUUUUACAACUUCCGUUCACGUUGAUCUUAGUGGGAAUCUGUUAACUUCGUCAAAUCAAGAUGGGAAGUUCUUACCUGGGAUUUCUGACACUGUGAAAUACUUGAAUCUUAGCCGGAAUCGGUUAACCGGAUCUUUAGUUUCCGGUGGUUUGUUGAAGUUUGGGAGCUUAGUUAUGUUGGAUUUGAGCUACAAUCAGUUAUCUGGAGAACUUCCGAGUUUUAAUUUUGCAUAUGUUCUUCAAGUUCUUAAGCUCUCGAAUAACCAGUUUUCCGGGUUUAUUCCGAAUGAUCUUCUGAAAGAUGAUUCGUUGGUGCUAAACGAGUUAGAUUUGAGUGGGAAUAAUUUCACAGGUCCAAUGAGUAUGAUAAUGCCAUCAACUCUCAAAGUCCUCAAUCUAUCCAACAAUCACCUCACGGGUGAGCUUCCAUUGGUGACGGGUGGAUGCACUGUUCUUGAUUUAUCAAACAACAAUUUCGAAGGAAGUUUGACCAAAUUAGUCAAAUGGGCAAACAUCGAGUUUCUUGACCUUAGUCAAAAUCAGUUGACCGGUCCAUUCCCAGAAGUCACAUCUCAAUUCUUGAGGCUAAACCACUUGAAUCUUUCCCAUAAUUCUCUCAAUUCAACAAUCCCAAAAGUAAUCACAAUGUUUCCAAGACUCGAAUCACUCGAUCUCGGGUCAAAUCAUUUCAAUGGACCUUUCCCAAAUGGAUUACUCUCCAUGCCUACUUUACAAGAACUUUACAUUAAUGGAAACCAACUUUCGGGAAAUAUCGAAUUUUUUCCGGAUAAUUCCCUAUCGAAUGUAUCCACGAUUCGGGUUCUUGAUAUUUCUAGUAAUCAACUCGGUGGCGAGUUUCCGGAAGGUUUCGGUUUGUUAUCGGGAGUUCAAGUUCUAGAUGUUUCCGGAAACAAAUUCACCGGUUCUUUACCAGAAUCUUUAACCGGACUUACUUCUCUCGUUUCUCUAGAUGUUUCCGGAAACCAUUUCACGGGCCCGCUCUUAAAGAAUUUGUCCGAUAAUUUAACGAGAUUCAACGCGUCUUACAACGAUUUCUCCGGCGUUGUUCCGGAAAAUUUACGGAAGUUUCCGGAAUCUUCCUUCUUUCCCGGAAACUCCAACCUUCAGUUUCCGAAUCCCCCGGCCGGACCAAACUCCGGUAACUCCACCUCCGGGAAGAAAAAACCGAUCAAAACCGUUUUCAAAGUACUUGUAAUUGUCGCGUGUGUUAUUGCAGUUGUGAUUUUAAUCCUCCUAGCGGUUUUCAUCCAUUACAUGCGUGUUUCACGGCGGCCCGUGGAAGUCGGGACGAAAGACAUCCGCCGCCACACUGUCGGCGGAGGAGCGGUGGUUUCCACCGGCGAUAUUCGAAAAGGGUCGUCAUCGGAGACGAUUACGCCGGAAAAGAGCGGUGUCAUCGGCGUUGGUGGAGGCGGUGGUGGUGGUGCGGUGGCGAGUUUUUCACCGUCGAAAACGAGUGGUUUCUCGUACUCGCCGGAUUCCGGCGACUCGUACACCGUCGAAAACCUCUCGAGGCUUGAUGUCCGGUCGCCGGAUCGGUUGGCGGGAGAACUUUACUUUCUUGAUGACACGGUGUCGUUUUCGCCGGAGGAGCUUUCGCGAGCUCCGGCGGAGGUGUUGGGGAGGAGCAGCCACGGGACGUCGUAUCGCGCCACCCUUGAUAACGGUUUGUUGUUGACGGUGAAAUGGUUGCGAGAAGGUGUUGCGAAACAAAGAAAGGAUUUUGCAAAAGAGGCGAAAAAGUUUGCGAAUAUUAGACACCCGAAUGUGGUUGGUUUACGAGGGUAUUAUUGGGGGCCCACACAACACGAGAAGCUAAUUCUUUCGGAUUAUAUAUCUCCCGGAAGCCUUGCGAGUUUUCUCUAUGAUCGACCGGGAAGAAAAGGGCCUCCAUUGACAUGGGCACAAAGGCUAAAAAUAGCAGUCGACAUCUCACGCGGUCUAAACUACCUCCAUUUUGACCGAGCAAUCCCACACGGAAACCUCAAGUCAACCAACAUUUUAUUAGACGGUCAAGAUCUAAACGCGCGUGUAGCCGAUUACUGUCUCCACCGUCUGAUGACACAAGCGGGGACCAUCGAACAAAUUCUUGAUGCCGGAGUUCUCGGGUACCGGGCCCCAGAGCUGGCGGCAUCCAAGCGGCCGCUACCCUCCUUCAAAUCAGACAUUUACGCAUUUGGAGUUAUUUUGUUGGAGCUUUUGACCGGAAAGUGUGCCGGAGAUGUGGUGGCGGGAGAGGGUGGUGGUGGGGUGGAUUUGAAUGAUUGGGUGCGGUUGAAGGUGGCGGAAGGGCGGGGUGCGGAUUGUUUUGAGGCGGUGUUGAUGACGGAAAUGGGAACUCCGGCGGCGGAUAAGGGGAUGAAGGAGGUGCUUGGGAUUGCGUUGCGGUGUUUACGGCUGCUUUCUGAGCGUCCGGGGAUUAAGACGGUUUAUGAAGAUCUUUCGUCUAUAUAAAUUAAAUUUAAAAUUAAAAUAGCU